GCUUGGCAAACUGGCCACAACUCAACAGGCUUUGGAGAAGAGAGCACUUGAUCAUGAAAAGAAAUGUCUUUCUAUCGCAAUAUCGUCUGGUUUCUCAAAGGAAUUCACGAAUACACAAGGUCAGUUAAUUGGAAAAUGGUGACAUAAAUCUGUUGUAUUUUGUUUUUUAGGGAUAUGAGAAAGUAGUUGUUUUUUGAAGGUAGGCAUUUUCUUUGUGGGUAGAUGAGAAGGUAGUUGGGGGAGAAACUGUUUGCAAAGUGUAAACAAGUACCCAUGUCUCAGAGUAUUCUAUGUUGCUCCUCGUUUAUAAUAAUGAUGAAAUCUUUUUCUAUUUGAUGAUCAUUUGCAAGGAUAUUACUCCUACUGUUACAGUAGGCUAUAUGCAAAUUUAGAUCACUGUAUGGCACUACCAGCCACACACACACACACACACACACACACACAACCCCUCUUUUCACUCACAUUACAAUAGUCCCAUUGACAGAUGAAGUGUCUUGUCAUUUGAGGUUGCCUUCUCCUUUAGUCACCCCAACAGCUGACUCGUUUUAUAAGAGCUGAGAGAAGAAUCCUGACUUCAAACUCUAGGCUGAAUGUAUUUCAGUGAAAUUUGCUCUUUGGGUUUUCAUGUCAUUGCAAAGAAAAGGUAUGUCUACUUCAACAUUCAAUGUGAUGGGAUUGUUGCAUUAGACAGAUUGGUUCAUGAAUUGAUUGAUUGGUGUGUUGUGUUUCCCAACAGGAGUGGCUAUGAGCAAGCAGCUAAACACUUUGUGGCCAAGGAGCUGGAUGUGGCUGUGGUAGGAAGGUCCUUCAUGAUAACUGGGGCUAACAGUGGCAUAGGGAAAGCCACCGCCAUGGCUAUAGCUAAGAAAGGUACGAAACCAGAGAUUGGUCAGGAAGGCAGUUCCACCACCCUUGCACUGUGUAACGCUGUCAUGCAGAAGUAUCAUGAUUAUUGAAUGCACCAAUUUGUAAGUCGCUCUGGAUAAGAGCGUCUUCUAAAUGACUUAAAUGUAAAAUGAUUCUGUUUUACCAAAAUCCCCUAUUUUGUUUGCAAGGUGGUACAGUCCACAUGGUAUGCAGGAACAAGGAGAGAGCUGAGAAGGCCAAAGAAGAUAUUGUCAGGGAGACGGGGAACACAGUAAGCCUGAUAAGAGUGUGUGUGUUUUGUGUGUGUAUAUGCAUCAGUGGCAUAUCCAGAACAUUUAAAAAGGGGUGGCCAAGGUGGGGCACAGACCCAGUAUUUUAUAUAAGGGUAUUAGCAUUCACUUGAAAGUGCCAUCCAGAGUACGAAUUAUACCGUGAUUUUCGUGGGGUCUCUUUUUUAACGGGAUGUGUGCAUACACUUGGAUAAAAAUGUGUAUGGGCCUUAUAGUAAAGACAUGUAAUUUAACUGUAAAAAUGUAUUAGCUUUUAAUGUGUCAUGAAUACAACCAGUCAUGAUGUUUUCAUCUGAUUGUCAAACAAAUCACUUGAAAAAGUAGGUUAAGUAGGUUACCUGAGCACGUUUGUCUACUCCAAAAUAAGUCCAAACAGUGCACUGUGCACCCGCCAUUUGAAUGGAAUCUAUUACAAACACCAUAAGUGUAAUGACAUUCAGCCUACAAAGUGGUGUGUAUUCAUGGGUGCCAAAGGAAGCCAGGCUUACCCAAAAACUUUAACAAUAAAAAAAGAAACCAACUUAUAAAAUUAUUUCUCAUUCGUGUCUAUCCAUGUUUCAUAAUUGUCCUUCAAUUCGCAAGAGGCUGAAUCUAUUUCACCAGAAAAAGCAUCCAAGCAAGGCAAACAGCACUCCUCUGUCUUAGUAUCUGUAGCCCAUGUAUCUGAUGCUGUCUGGCCAAAAAGAAUAUGACAUGUCAUACUAUUUUCUGCCAGACAGCAUCAGAUACAUGGGCUACACAUACAAAGACAGAGGGGCGCUGUUUUGUUCGCUCGGAUGCUUUCUCCGAUGAGAUUGAGUCUCGCUGUCGGUGCGCAUCUUGGUCAAAAUUAUUAAUAUAUUCAGAGACAACCUAUCAGAUCUCAGUAUUUCUGGUGGGGCCAAUCAGAUUUCAGGUGGGGCCGUGGCCACCCCCUGGACACGCCACUGGUGUGCAUGUACAGUGGGGGAAAAAAGUAUUUAGUCAGCCACCAAUUGUGCAAGUUCUCCCACUUAAAAAGAUGAGAGGCCUGUAAUUUUCAUCAUAGGUACACGUCAACUAUGACAGACAAAAUGAGAGAAAAAAAUCCAGAAAAUCACAUUGUAGGAUUUUUAAUGAAUUUAUUUGCAAAUUAUGGUGGAAAAUAAGUAUUUGGUCAAUAACAAAAGUUUCUCAAUACUUUGUUAUAUACCCUUUGUUGGCAAUGACACAGGUCAAACAUUUUCUGUAAGUCUUCACAAGGUUUUCACACACUGUUUCUGGUAUUUUGGCCCAUUCCUCCAUGCAGAUCUCCUCUAGAGCAGUGAUAUUUUGGGGCUGUCGCUGGGCAACACAGACUUUCAACUCCCUCCAAAGAUUUUCUAUGGGGUUGAGAUCUGGAGACUGGCUAGGCCACUCCAGGACGUUGAAAUGCUUCUUACGAAGCCACUCCUUCGUUGCCCGGGCGGUGUGUUUGGGAUCAUUGUCAUGCUGAAAGACCCAGCCACGUUUCAUCCUCAAUGGCCUUGCUGAUGGAAGGAGGUUUUCACUCAAAAUCUCACGAUACAUGGCCCCAUUCAUUCUUUCCUUUACACGGAUCAGUCGUCCUGGUCCCUUUGCAGAAAAACAGCCCCAAAGCAUGAUGUUUCCACCCCCAUGCUUCACAGUAGGUAUGGUGUUCUUUGGAUGCAACUCAGCAUUCUUUGUCCUCCAAACACGACGAGUUGAGUUUUUACCAAAAAGUAAUAUUUUGGUUUCAUCUGACCAUAUGACAUUCUCCCAAUCCUCUUCUGGAUCAUCCAAAUGCACUCUAGCAAACUUCAGACGGGCCUGGACAUGUACUGGCUUAAGCAGGGGGACACGUCUGGCACUGCAGGAUUUGAGUCCCUGGCGGCGUAGUGUGUUACUGAUGGUAGGCUUUGUUACUUUGGUCCCAGCUCUCUGCAGGUCAUUCACUAGGUCCCCCCGUGUGGUUCUGGGAUUUUUGCUCACCGUUCUUGUGAUCAUUUUGAACCCACGGGGUGAGAUCUUGCGUGGAGCCCCAGAUCGAAGGGAGAAUAUCAGUGGUCUUGUAUGUCUUCCAUUUCCUAAUUAUUGCUCCCACAGUUGAUUUCUUCAAACCAAGCUGCUUACCUAUUGCAGAUUCAGUCUUCCCAGCCUGGUGCAGGUCUACAAUUUUGUUUCUGGUGUCCUUUGACAGCUCUUUGGUCUUGGCCAUAGUGGAGUUUGGAGUGUGACUGUUUGAGGUUGUGGACAGGUGUCUUUUAUACUGAUAACAAGUUCAAACAGGUGCCAUUAAUACAGGUAACGAGUGGAGGACAGAGGAGCCUCUUAAAGAAGAAGUUACAGGUCCGUGAGAGCCAGAAAUCUUGCUUGUUUGUAGGUGACCAAAUACUUAUUUUCCACCAUAAUUUGCAAAUAAAUUCAUAAAAAAUCCUACAAUGUGAUUUUCUGGAUUUUUUUCUCUCAAUUUGUCUGUCAUAGUUGAUGUGUACCUAUGAUGAAAAUUACAGGCCUCUCUCAUCUUUUUAAGUGGGAGAACUUGCACAAUUGGUGGCUGACUAAAUACUUUUUUCCCCCACUGUAUGUGUGCAUGCGCAUGUGUGUUUGUGUCAAACUCGUCUGUAUACAGUAUAAAGAACAACAUCUGCCAUACUGCGUUUAUUGUAUUACUUUAAAUUACUUUUCACUCCAGGAAGUAUACGUUCACCAUCUGGAUAUGUCCGAGACAUAUAAGGUGUGGGAGUUUGCUGAAUCCUUUAAGAUGCAAUACCCCACCCUCAAUGUGUUGGUAGGCACCACACACUUUUUCUCUCCCUCUUCCACUUUUUAUAGCUUUUUGCUAAACUCCAUUAUGGAGCAUUGAGUGUGUUGAGAAUGGAGUGAAUAUUAAUUGAGUAUGGAGUUAUUAUUGAGUGGGUUAUGCUGUUUCUGUGUUGGUUCAGAUUAAUAAUGCUGGGUGUAUGGUGAACAAGAGAGAGGUGAGCGAUGAUGGUCUGGAGAAGAACUUCGCCACCAACACACUGGGUAAGACUUUCACUGUCUAUACAGAAUGAUCAAUUAGUUGUAUAGGUAUAAUUCUCUAUUCUUCUCCUCUCCUCUCGUCUCCUCCCUUCCAUUCAGGAGUGUAUCUUCUCACCCAGAGCCUCAUUCCACUACUUCAGAAGAGCAGGGAUCCGAGGGUGGUGGGUAUAUGUACACACGGAUGGAUAGAUACUUUCAUUCACUUUCUCUCCAUCCAUCUCUCUCACACACACACUUGCUCAGUACACACAACAAACAAACCAAUGGUCUGGAUAUUGCGUGGGGCUAUGCCAUGGGAGUCAAUAUUGGCCAAUAUCCUGCAACAUUGUCUCUUUCAUCCAUUCUGGCAUAGCCAUCUAGUGACUACCACCCUCUCACCCCAUUCCCACCCCCUGUCCACCCAGAUAACAGUAACAUCAGGGGGCAUGCUGGUCCAGAAGCUCCAACAUGAUGACCUACAGUCUGCAAAAGGUCCCUUUAACGGCACCAUGGUCUACGCCCAGAAUAAGGUAGGAGCGGAGAACAGGGUUCCAAUGAUGGUAGGGCACAGGAGGUUGGUGGGACCUUAAUUGGGGAGGACAGACUCGUGGUAAUGGCUGGAGCGGAAUUAGUGGUAUGGUAUAAAAUACAUCAAACAUAUGGUUUCCAUGUCUUUGAUGCCAUUCCAUUUGUGCCGUUUCAGCCAUUAUUAUGAGCUGUCCUCCCCUCAGCAGCCUCCACUGUGGUAGGCACACCUUGGCUGGGGGCAGUGGCGGCUCCUGAAAAAAUUCUCAGGGGGGGCAAUUUUUCUGAUGAUUUAGGUGACCUACACACAUUUAAAAAAAGAUAUGUCCAGCAACAACAUGAAGACAGGGGCAGCAUAAGUCAAUACCAGAAGCAUUUAUUGACUGAUCUCAAAAGUGUUGGCUUACAAAAGCAAAAUAAGUUAUCACAGUAAAAAUAAUCAAGGGUGUUCUUUCACAUUCCUCAACACUGCAUAAACAAUAUGCAUUUCCAUAAAACACCUCAUCUAAUUGUGCCACAAAGUUGACAAGUCCAAGAAAAAUACCAGGGUUGGUGGAGCCCUCAGUUUCAUCUUUGCCUCGCAAAGCUAACUCAAACACUCCGCAAAACUUCACACACUGGAUUAGCCGGCUGAGGAUGUGGCGGUUCUUGCUAACCUCAUCGUUGUGGCGGCGGACAGCUAGCCUGUAUCCCUCAUCCAGUUGAGUGGCAAUGUUCACUCUCCCCAAAGCAGACAAUCUCAAACCGCUAUCCAUGUGGGUCUUUGACAGCUCAUGUUUCUUAAUCUUUUCUGAAAGAUGGUGCAUGUCCGUUACACCAGUCGCUGUCCAAGCGGUGCUGUCUGCCGUGCCGCCUUCAGGGUGAAAGAGUAAGCAGGGGUAGCAGAAGACUGCAUUAGCUACAUCGCAGCCUGCUAGCCAGGUUUUUCGUUUUUCGUUUUUGGAAAAUCCUCGGGUGUAGGACUUUCACCCUUUAGUAGAAACCUGUUGAAUUAUUAAAUUUGGUCUGGGAGGUCCUAAUUGUUUCGUUGCCAAUUUAUCUUGAUUUGUUCGCCGACAAAAAGGAACUUAUUUCAAAGAGACAAUCGAGUUGCACUGAACGCUAGCCAUCUUGACAGUAGUACGUGAAUUGAUUGACGCUGCUACCCGCUCUUUUCUUAGUUACGUUCAUGGUUAUGUUACGUAUGACGAAAGCGCGUAAGUGCAAGCCCUCCCGGAACCCAUAGAGAUUGUAUUGAAAGCUCUGAUAUUUGAAAAAAAAAGAUUUUACAUGAGAGUCUAUGAGAGACUUCUGGGGCGAUUUUCAACCUGACUGAAAUCGCCCCAAAAGGGGCGGGGCCAUUUGAAGCACGACUUUAGCCUGAUUGGACAUUUAGUGGCAGAUCAGACGUCUAGAUUAGAACACUGAUAACUACUGUUGCCGUGAUAUAAUUGAUUAGAAAAAAAAUCCCUUCCUUUUCCCGUUUGGCAGUGCGUCGCCCAUAUCGCCCUAAUGAACACACCGCCCCUGCCUGGGGGUGCAUGGCUGUGUAAUGUUAGUGGCUACAGUCGAUUUUUGUACAGCACACAUUAAGACUGUCUUCAUCCCAUACGAAUCUCAAUGCUGCUUAACAUUGUAUUACAUGGAUGAGAUGUUAGAUACCUGUGUGAUAUGAUCCAGUUAGUGAGUGUCAGUGUGUUGCUCUACCAACUGUUUGGCUCAGUAAGGAAAGCAUGGCUCUUGCAACGCCAGGAUUGUGGAUUAGAUUCCCGGGGCCACCCAUAUGAAAAAUGUACGCAUGCUUGACUGUAAAUCGCUUUGGAUAAAAGGGCCUGCUAAACAGCACAUUAUAUACUGUAUUAUAUUGUUGUCCCCUGUAGAGACAGCAGGUGGUGCUGACAGAACAAUGGGCCAAACACCACCCAGCCAUCCACUUCUCCGUCAUGCACCCUGGAUGGGCCGACACACCAGGUACCAUGGGGAGGCCGGGGGAUAGAUACAGACAGACCAGGUACCAUGGGGAGGCCAGGGGAUAGAUACAGACAGACCAGGUACCAUGGGGAGGCCAGGGGAUAGAUACAGACAGACCAGGUACCAUGGGGAGGCCAGGGGAUAGAUACAGACAGACCAGGUACCAUGGGAAAGAUACAGACAGACCAGGUACCAUGGGGAGACAGGGGAUAGAUACAGACAGACCAGGUACCAUGGGGAGGCCAGGGGACAGAUACAGACAGACCAGGUACCAUGGGGAGACAGGGGAUGGAUACAGACAGACCAGGUACCAUGGGGAGACAGGGGAUAGAUACAGACAGACCAGGUACCAUGGGGAGACAGGGGAUAGAUACAGACAGACAAGGUACCAUGGGGAGACAGGGGCUAGAUACAGAUAGAAAUCACACACAAAAUAAUGUAUACAAACACAUUGAAUCAUGUACUGUAUAGUAUAUUAGGGUAGAAACUGAUUGAAGAUACUUUUAUACAGAUUGCAAAUAUAUUGUUGAUUGGAAAUAUAACAAAAUAUAACAGAUUGUCUGAUUGUUACACAGUUAUUUGGUGCAGUCAGCUGACAUCUCUCUCCCCUCAGCGGUUUCUACAUCGAUGCCCCAGUUCCACCAGAUGAUGGGGGAAAGGUUGCGUAGUGCAGAGCAGGGAGCUGACACUGUGGUGUGGCUGUCACUGUCUCGCACUGCUGGCAAAAGACGCAGCGGAAAGUUCUUCCAAGGUGGGCACCAGUGUGUCGGUGUGUUUGAGUACCAGUGGGGAGGGGAUCCCCUAAAAUGUUUAAAUGAAUUGCAUUUACACGUUUACUUCAUUUAAAUCAACAACUAGGGCUGAGCAGAAAACGCCAAUGUAUUCCCUGCAGCAGUCAGUGCACAUUGUAACACUUACUGAAGGCCAAUAGAUUACUGCCAACACUAUGUAAUGGGCUGGGUGUGAUUUUUCUCAGAUCGGCGGGCGGUCCCGGCCCAUCUGCCCCUGGCCUGGACCCACAGUUCCCCUGAGGAGGUCCGGUCCUUCAUGACCCAGCUGGAUAUCUUGGCCCAGGCCGCAAAGCAGCCUCGCACUGACACACAACCCAGUUUUGACCCAACUUAUUGA